AUGUCACUCAAAUCAAGACUAUCAUCCAAGGUUCCAAUCGUGCUAGAUGGUGCUCUUGGUACACUGCUUCCUGAAGAAGCUCAAUCACAUUCUCUUUGGUCAACACAUACAGUCAUCACAUCACCAAGUAUAAUACAAAACAUUCAUCAACAAUAUAUUGAAAAUGGUGCUCAAUUAAUACAAACUUCAACUUAUCAAUCAAGUGAUCAUCCUUCACUCCAAACAGAAUUUAAUAUUGAUUAUGAACAAGUAUUGCUGAAAAGUAUUGAUUUGGCUGAUCAAGCAAGAGGUGAUCGUAAAGAUGUUUGGAUCGUUGGUAGUAUUGGUCCUUAUGGUGCAUCUUUAGCAAAUGGUGCUGAAUAUACUGGUGAUUAUGGUGAUAUUAAAAGUUCCAACCUUGUUGAAUUUCAUAAAGAAAGAUUAGAGAUGCUUUGUAAAGAUAAUAGAGUUGAUUUAAUCGGAUUAGAAACGAUGCCAAAUAUAAAUGAAAUUAAAAUAUUAAUUGAAUUAAUGCAAGGAUACGAUAAAGAUUACUAUUUAAGUUUAAGUAUAAAUGGUGAUACAUUAGCAGAUGGAACUAAAGUUGAAUCAUUAAAAGAACUUGUUGAUGGAAAUCCAAAAUUAUUAGCAAUCGGUGUGAAUUGUCUUCCAUUGAAAGAAUCAUUAACCUGGUUAAAUGAAUUACAAAUCUUAGGGAAAGAUUUAAUAGUAUAUCCAAAUUCUGGUGAAGUUUAUGAUGCAGUUAAUAAAAAAUGGAAUAAUCACCCAAAUGGGACACUAACUUGGAAUGAAUAUGUUCAAGAAUUACAAAAAUUAAAAAAUGUAAAAAUUAUUGGUGGUUGUUGUAGAACAACACCGAAUGAUAUAAAACAAAUUUUUGAGGCUAUAAAGAGGAAUUAUGAAUAA